AUGGCGCCAAUUGAUGAGGCGCUUGCUUUCCUGAAAUCGUCAGAAUCUGUUAAUUAUGCUGAGACUGCAAGGCGCUUCAAUUGUGACGAGACUACGCUACGACGCCGACAUCAAGGCAAACAGCGGUCAAGACGGGAUGCUGACAGAUUGUAUAAGUCACGUCUGUCAAAACAACAAGAACGAGAUCUUAUUGCCUAUAUUCAUAAGCUUUCAUCACGUGGCAUUCCACCUACCCUACCUAUGAUAAAGAACUUCGCCCAGGAUAUCGCGAAAAUCAAGGUCGGAAAGGACUGGCCGUACAGCUUCGUUCGACGCAAUCAUAUUGAGUUAGGUUGCACAUGGUUCGAUGGGUUAGACAUCGCGCGAAAGAGAGCCGACAAUGCCUCUAGGUAUAAGGCUUAUUUUGAGCUUAUCCGCGCCAAAAUUGAGAAAUACAACAUCCUGCCCUGCAACACGUAUAACGUGGAUGAGAAAGGAUUUCUCUUGGGUGUGAUUAAUCGAACAAAGAGAGUAUUUUCCCUAAAUGUCAAAAAGCAAGGCAAAUUGCUCGGUGCAUCGCAAGAUGGCAAUCGAUCCUGGAUUACGUUCCUGGCAUGCGUCAGCCAGGACAUGACAUCGCUGCCCCCAUUUCUCAUCUACCAAGGCAAGCCAGGACAAGUCCAAGAUUCUUGGCUCACGGAAUUUGACCCAGAGCAUCAAUCCGCCUUCUUUACAACCUCAGAGACGGGGUGGACAAAUCACGAGCUUGGAAAAGAGUGGCUAAUUGGCGUUUUCGAUCGCUUUACCAAGGCGAAAGCUCGUAAUGGUCGUGAUUAUCGCCUUCUUAUUACCGAUGGCCACUCUAGCCAUGUCAAUAUGGACUUUCUGGAGUGGUGUGAGCAGCACCGGAUUAUCGUAGCGGUGUUUCCCCCCCAUUCCACGCAUCGGCUACAGCCCUUGGAUGUGUCACUAUUCAGUCCCCUCUCAACCGCAUACUCAAACCAGCUUAUCCAGUGGACAGCAAAAACACAAGGGCUUAUUAGUCUAUCGAAACGUGAGUUCUGGACUUUGUUUUGGAACGCAUUUGAGACUUCCUUCUCUCCCGAGAACAUGGCGAGUGGGUGGAAACGAACUGGUCUCAUGCCUUUUGACCCAGAUGUCGUCUUAUCACAGAUCACUGAGAAAGAACAAGACGAUUCGGAUACAGGUGGCGACUCGGCAGAAUCACUAGCCCUCCAGCAACCUACUGCCCGAGAUUUACGCCGACUUGUUGACAAGGUAGUCGACAAAUCCGCUGUCGAUGCUGACCGCAACAGCCGAAAGCUGAAGAGCACUCUCGAAAGCCUUCAAUCUGAGGUUGAACUGCUUCGAUAUGAGAACCAAGGACUCCGUGAGACAAUCAUUCAUGAGAAGCAGCGCAGACAGCGCGGUAAAGCCCUGAAAGAUCUACUCUUUGAUCGCACAGAUCCUAACUCAGCUCAGGUGUUUAGCCCAGCAAAAGUCGCUCAAGCUCGCCUAAGGAAAGCGGCGAUGGACGCCCAAAAGAAAGAGGAGAUUCUGCAGAAGGAAACGCAAAAGGUUCAGCGACAUCAAAAGGCGGCGGAGCGAAAAGCUCUUGCUCUGGAAAAGAGGAGGCAACGAGAGGCGGAAAUGGAGAGAAAACGGCAGGUAAAGGAAGCCAGACAGCAAGAGAAGGAGACCAAUCGGCAGAUUCGGCAAGACCUUAACCGUCGCAAUCCGGAGAUAGUACAUGUAAUGCAGCAUGAACGACAGGUGGCAUCGGAAGAUCGCGAGAAGAGUCAUGACGUUCGAGACGAGAUAAUCGUCGCUCUUCCACUCAGGGUGGCGAUCAACUCAACGUCAAUCAUGAGGUUGUCAACCUGGUUGACGUCAAUCAACCCAACCAAACUCAACGUAGCAUACUCUCACUGGCCAAUCAAGAUAGCAAUGCAGCCUGAAACCAACCAGACCAUUCAGUCGCCAGGAUAG